GUUCGACAGAAAUAAGAAUCUAGAAACGACGUCGACUAUUCCUUCAACAUCCUGACCCUAUGGCCAUCACUGAGAAUGCGCUUCCAGCAAGUCCCCUUGAGCGCAACUCGGUACCUCACAUUGAUCUAUCGAAGACAUUCAACACUACUGGUACCAAGAAGAACAGGAAUCAGAACUCCACACCCUCCAGCUCAUCUCGGAAACCUAUGGGCAAUUUGAACAGGUUGUCUGGCCAUGCUAAACCCUUAGGAUUACUUUCUCCCCCCUCCAGUCAAAUAAAUGUUCUCUCGGGCGAACCAAAUUCCGAACGAAACUCAGACCGCCAUUCUGAUUAUGAGCCGCGCGAAAAGGACGAGGACCCUGCGAGACUUUUAAUUAGUCCACCCCCGGAAGAGGAACUUCAGCAAAUCAAUAUCAGUCAGAGAUCUAGCUUUCAUAAACCAUCUACGUCUCAUCUAAAUGAUUCUACGAAAUCAAUUCCAACAUCUUCUAUUGCACCAUCUCAUUCUAAACGGAAACGGUCAAUGGCUGCUACACACUCCUUUGUCGGCUCGUCUUACACUACCAUCCAUAACGGCGAUCUUGCCACUGACGCUCAGGCUACGCCUAAUCCCAAGCCUCGCAAACAGUCAAGGAAGUUUAAUCGCGCCCAUGUACGAACAGUCUCGAAUCAGUCCGACACAUCCAUACAAACCACCCCUUCGCCAACCCGAGGUUCGGGGAUUGCAACGUCUACUUUGACAGAGCAGGAACUCUUGCCUCUACCUUCCUCUUUAACGGGUCACAGCGUCCAGGCUACACCUAGUCGCAAACGGAGACAAUCUAAGCUGAUGCGGUCCCCUCGUACCUUUAAUCCGAAUGCCGACUACAUUCCUACCUUCAGAACAGAUUCUGACGAAGAAUCGACCAACGUUGAAAAUAAUCAAUCGCGGUGGCCGUAUACGAAAAAAACCGUGCGGAUGGGGCGCCGCAGUGUAACCCCUGCUACCAUACCUCCGUAUGAACCCCCACCCGUUAUGUUCACGCCUCCUAGGGAAGUUGUUCACAGCCCUGUGACAUCGACAACUAAGUCGAAACGCAAAGCAGGAAAAUCCAAAGGGUUGAAAUUGGAUCUCCAAAUCAAAAGUGAACCGCCUGAUAUUGACUAUUUAAACGCGCCCAUGCCGCCUCCGAGUCCUACUGAUGACCCGCUUUUAUUGAGUGGGCCACCCGAGGGAAGUUGUACACCUUCACGAAGUCGAACCAUGCGCGAUGCGUCUGUUUCCGCGGACUUUGCUCAGAAUAUACGAAAGCAACCAUCCUUUGCACUUGAAAAAGAGAGUCUGCCUCCUUCUUCCCCUCCUGCGCAGGACGAUUCUUCUUCUUCGCCCUCACAAGCUACUUACCAUUGGCCGAAUACCGGAGUGGUACAGGAGGACGACCGGUCAACUGACAGCAUGGAGCUCGACAUGCAACCACAUGAAUAUGCGGAGAUGGAGGGUAUCCCUUACUUUGGAUUUGGCCUAGAAGGCUUUGCUGUGGCUUCGGCUGGAGCUUGGAGUGAUAGCGAUGAGGAGGGUCCACAUACUCCUAUGCGCGAAACCGGCGUAAUCGAUGAAGGCAUUGGUGAAUUUACUGGACAUUGGCGCAUGACCCAAGUUCCCACCAAAGCAGAUCCACCGAGUAGCACAACAAGAACUCGGAUGGAUGAAUGGGGCAGACCGAAGAGUCCAUAUCCAUACAGACGACCCUCUUCAAGCUCCAGCCUUCCGCGCGUUGGAAGCACCAGUCCGUCACCGUCUCAUCCUAAAUCUCGUGUGAAUGCUUCUGCUACUGCUGACGUAGAGGAGGCGGACAGAAGUGUACCACUCGCUGACGAAGACCACACAAUCACCUUGCAUCCCCCAUUGUCAGAGCCUCCAAGUGCUCAAGAAGCAGAAACUCGUUCCUAUCAUGAACAUAAAAAUAUUGAGGAUGCAGAGGAGCAAGAGGAACAAGAAGUUCGAGCACUCAGUAUUUCUGCAGAUGACGAAGGCGAGGAUAGCGCGGAUGAAGAAGAAGUCAGGCGAUUGAGUUUAGGACCAGAGCAACAAUUUGAGCAAAAAGAUCCGGAUUUUGAACAGGAAGAAUCGGAAGUCGAGGAUCUGAACCUUAGUAGUGCUUCUUUUGAUAUGAUAGUCGGUGACCAUAUCGCAGAACCGUCUGGCGUCACGGCAACAGCACAUACUCCUCGUCGUGUUCACUCGGCAGAGUCUCAGGCGUGCUCUUCGCCUGCUCCGCUUAGAGAUCUAGCUUUCCUUUCUGACAAGAGGCGUGGUAAUACGCGCCUUUCCGCAUUGGAACGAGCCAAGGAACUAUUUGGUACACGUUCGAGUCCCGUGAAACCAUUAUCGGGUCUGGCACAGAUUUUCGACGACGAUGAGCAGGACGCCGAGGCAGCUCAUUCAUCUCAUCAAGUAAAUGAGAGGCCUAUCACCGUUGAUAAGGUAUUUGAAGAGGAAGAGGAGGAGUUGAAAAUGGACGCUGCAGAAGAUGCCGCCGAAAUGAGCAGUGGAGAUGAGUCUGAUCCUAUGUCCCAAGAUCCUGGCUUGGUUCAAAUCACUAGCUCUGAUCCCAAAGCUGCUGCUAGAGCUGCUGCUAUCUUAAAACAGCACGACUACGAUUGCUUCACCAAGAUUGUUCUGAGGCAACAGCAACAACACACUCGAGAAAUCUCGCAUUACACUGUCGAGAAGUUGAAACGGGACAGUCGUCGUAAGACGCUGUCCGGUGCGGGAAUCUCUAAGGGCAAACUUCGCUCGACGCCGAGACGCUCGCUGGGUACCGUUGUGGGUGACAUGGUCUAUAUACCUGGCAGUCCGGUGACAACUCUAGGGGGACUACUAAAGGAAGCCGAGAAGGAAGUCCAAGAGGAGCAGUUUAGAGCCGUUUCGCCCCGCAUCUCCAAGUCUGGUUCUCUGAUGCCCGAAGAUAAUGCACUCGUCGGAAUGGGGCUUGGUGAACGUGCAUCGUACCGUACUCCUUUGCCUGCGAAAUAUGGGCUCGCAAUCCGACCGCAGAGUACACUCGUGCAUGAAAUCAGGGAUGUAGAAGAUGAUCACCAGAAUGAUCAACAGUUGGCUUACAAAGAAUGGACAAAGGAAGAAUGGAGAAUCCUUGAUGCCUGUUUUACAGAUGAGAGAAUAGAUCUUGCAUCCCGAUCGUCAUCCAACUCGAUCUCAUCUCCCCUGAAUGACGGACAUGAAGAUGUUCCAUUGGCAGAAGUUGACUUCGUCGACGUUGACGUUGUGGUUCAAAGAUUCAUAGUCGAAAUGGGCGGGGACGAUAUCACUAAUGCUCGUGGUUGGUCAAGAGAUAGUCUUCGUGCUAGAGCUAAAGCAAUUCAGAAGAAACAGCGUGCAGGACACGUCGCACCACCUACAACUCCUUACACUCCCCGUACAAUAUCCAAGAGUCGCGAGCCAUCGUCUUCUAUGGAAGUUCCCGACUUCACACCCCUAAAUCGACGACCUUUUCCUCUGAGGAACCCUGUAUUGUUGCCUCCGCCUGGUGGAUCUACCGCACCUUUCAGUAGUAUACCUGAUGACGUAGUGGAGGAGCCUCGACGGCACAAAGUCCCAUCAACAUUGUUAGCUCCUCGAUAUUCACAUCUCUUACAUGAAGCAGUCGCUAUCAGCCGAGAAUUGGCAAGUGAAGAACCUUCUUUGACAAAUUCAGAAAUGGGUACUCUCAAUUAUCUGUCGUUUCCGACUGUCAAGACUUCUUCCCUACCCAAAGCUGGUCUUGGACGUUUGUUCUCUUACAUUCCCGGUUUUUUGAAAACUCCGGCUACUUCCACUCGCAAAGCACACGACUCCAAACCCGGCCUUCCCCUUCCUCCUGCUGAGAUUAUAGACAAACAUCGAGGUCCGAUUGUCACUCCUGCACGUCCGCCAGCUCCGAAGUCCAAACCUCCGAAAGAAUUGGUGAACUUGCAUCACCAACCUGUGCCGGACAAGAAGGAAACAUCGAAGAUACCCAGGAAGGUUCCACAGAGGAUGGUGCAGCUGAACCAGGUUGGAUUGCCUAAAGAACGUCAGGAACCAAUUGUAAGGCCUAGGAGAAGCAGCGGGGGCAGUGUCAAAGAUCUUAUCAAGACAUUCGAAUCAUUUGAUGAUAACGCUCAGCAUACGGCAAGUGUCAGGAACAUCGGGAAUUGGAAGAAAGGCUUGCCUGGUAGUGAGAAGAGCUGCAGUAAACCGCUCUGGAAGCCAUAGUUCGUUAGAUACAGAUAGGAUCAAUAUUGCGCGGUACAAUCGAAUUACGCCAGACUUUUAGAUCUGCUAGUACUUGAGACAUAUGUUUUUUUUCUGUAUAUACAUAACCGAGUAGCGCCGGCCAGCGGCAUAGCCCGCUACCCGUACUUAGGAUUAAUGUUAGGAAAU